AUGGGCGACCAGUCAGAGAUCCAACGAGAUCGCGAUUAUCUUCGCGUCGUCAUUGAUGAUGGUAGUGGCUAUCUGAAGGUAGAAGCUCAACACGUUCGUCCCGGAGAAUCACUCCAUGAAGUGCCCACAGAUCGCAUUCAGCUACAAGAAGGAGAAGACAAGAUAAGACAAAAGUACAUCAUCGAUGGCGACAUGCUCCACUGUGGAGAGAUUGAGGUUGCGAACUGGCUGCAGGAGCACCCCACUGAGGCCAGGAGAGUCAUCGAACUUUCAAAACUGGCGAUGUGCCCUGAAUAUUCAAAUGCACCAGCGACUACACGGUUCUUCAAUGCGAUCGGAGCCUGCUGUCAUGGUCAAAUCGGAGACAUUCACGAUUUCAAAUUAUGGGUGUAUAAAUGGAUACGCAAUCGCAUUUGUGCCUGGUACAGAGAUCUAUCCCCAAAAGGACACAAUUAUGAGGGUCAGUACUGGGAAGUCAUUCAGAUUGAAACGACCAUUACCGUCCCAGCAAUGUGGGAUGACCACCAAUGCGGAAUCAUCCGCAAUGCGGCCAAAGAAGCGGGCUUCCUCAAUCUACGUCUGCGUCUUGAGCCACUCUGUGCAGCUGCCCGUGAGAUGCGUUUGCUAAAGGAACGCGGGUAUCUCAAAAACCAUGACUCGUUUCUGUGGCACGAUAUCGGGCACGCCACGAUUGACUUUGCUCUUGUUCGCAUCGAGGAAUCGUCUGUCGUUGGUCAGCCGCCCGAUCUCGUCGUUGUCGGGAAGCCCCAUGGUAGUCUCCUUGGAUCACAUGUAAUACAUGAUCUAGCCUGGAAUUACAUCAAGACUUGCUUCGAGGUCGAGGAGUAUGGAGGUCUGCAAUCUUGUCUGCGAUUGCUAGGUGGGAUGAGCGAGGCGGAAUUUGUCCGCCAGGUCACAGAAAGGAUAGAAGAAGAAAAGAGACGGAGCCCUUGUCGUCCAUUCACCAUUUCGAUCAACGCUAUGGAUGGUUGGUGGGAUGUUCCUGAAGGCAUGAAAUUCCUCGACAUUCGAGUGUCAAAACAGGAGAUUGAGAGUUGGCUGGAUGCAUGGACGCAGAUGUUGGUCGAUGCACAAACAACGUACAUAGAGACGUUCGGGCCGAAUGUUGUUGGCGGAAUAGUCAUCACCGGCGGCGGUGGAGCCAACAAGGUGGCCUUUGCUGACGACAGCGACAACCCUGUGGCUAAGGGUGGACUGUCACUAUACCCUACCAACGAACCAGAUACCCUGCCAGUUGGAUGUUGGUACGUUGUCCGAGCAGAAGAGUUCGACUAUACACGCCAUCCAGAUGCGAUCAAAAAGGCCAAAGGAGUGCCGCAGUGGAAGCGGCGUGAUGGAUUCAAACACCCUGUACUCAAUGACAGAUUGACGACACCCAGCAUAUCAGAUGACGGCAGCUUCGAAGCUAUCGAUAGGCUCGCGCUUAUCGCGAGAACAAUGGAUGUUGGCGGAAACGUCGAAGCGGUCGAAACGCCCUGCGUGACGUACAGCUUUCCGAUUGAAGCGGAAUGGAACCCAAGACUGGAAUUCGACAUCUACUUCAGCGAAAAGCAUGAGCCGAAUGGCAAGCCUCUGCUUGACAAGCAUGGAAACAUCCGGCCUGGAUUCAAGCGAAUGCAGAUGCAACUUGCAGACUUGAGCGAAGCAGACUGGGAGAGUCAUGCAUCAGCGCUGGAGUUUUAUCAGUAUGAUGGUAAACAAUGGUUCGUUCUCGAUGGCUUUAUCGAAAUGACCACCAAGAAAGAUCACUGGGAUUUGCAUGUCACGAUUCUGGAGCCUGGAGAAGCGUUGCGCUUCGAGGAUGCAGGUGAAACUCCAUCAAAACGACAAAAGACCGCUUCCAGACGUCAAAAACAUGCCGCGGACCAAAAGUUUGACGCAAAAUACAAUUAUCGGACGCUCUUCAAGACGAAAAGAUCGAUCUGGGACAAGUUUUGCAGUCACAGCAUCAAGAAUGUCCAUGUAGCUGCCCCUGGAUGCGAAGAAGUCACCACUGCCAAACGCAAACCACGAACCAAGAGACAUGUUGGCACUCCCCUGAGUGCAGUCACUCGCUCUGGCGGCUUGCAAGCGAUGAAUGGAAUGAUGGUAGGACCAGCUACAUGCAGUGAAGAGAAUGUUAUUGCUGCCACACCUAUGGCGAGUAAUGCUCGGGCAGCGAUUCCCGACGGCUCUGCUUCCAGCCCUUCAAGCGAAAAGGCGCCUUCAAACAGGAGGGGUGUCAAAUGCGACAACACUUCGCGACAGAGGAUGCUGCAUGACCGAUUUGCGUGGGUAGCGGAGAGAUCUGCCACCCCUCUUCCAAGUACUUUGCAUGGCAUCAACCAAUCCAAUGGGCUCACUACGCCUCCCUUCAGCGCGGAGAAGUCUCAAUCGCUGGGAAGAUCUGAGGCCAGCAUGAGGCAAAGCAGUGCUGUGUCGCGCCUGGAGGCGCUGCGGAAUAGACCUCCUGGUUCGACGGCCGAAGACGUCUUCAGGUCGUGCGGAGUUUUGGGAGAGUAG